AUGACGGAGCCACAGUCAGCGUUGUUACUGAGGAGACAGCUGGCAGAAUUGAAUAAAAAUCCAGUAGAAGGUUUCUCAGCGGGGUUGAUAGAUGACAAUGACCUUUACAGAUGGGAAGUACUAAUAAUUGGCCCUCCAGACACACUUUAUGAAGGUGGUGUGUUUAAAGCACAUCUCACAUUCCCCAGAGAUUACCCACUCAGGCCCCCCAAAAUGAAGUUUAUCACUGAUAUCUGGCAUCCAAAUGUUGACAAGAAUGGUGAUGUAUGCAUUUCGAUUCUGCACGAACCAGGAGAGGAUAAAUACGGUUAUGAAAAACCAGAGGAACGCUGGCUGCCCAUUCACACAGUCGAGACCAUUAUGAUUAGUGUCAUUUCCAUGUUAGCAGAUCCCAACGGAGACUCGCCUGCUAAUGUGGAUGCUGCAAAAGAGUGGAGGGAAGACCGGCAUGGAGAAUUCAAAAGGAAAGUCGCCCGUUGUGUAAGAAAAAGCCAAGAGACUGCCUUUGAGUGACAUCCAGCAGCAUGUAGCUACACUUUUUUUCAGGGUCUCCAAUUGAGAAACAUGGCACUGUUUUCCUGCACUCUACCCACCUAUUGCUGGACUUGUCCUUUUUGAACGUUGGCAGACACAGGCUGGCAGAAUAGGCUGCAAUAGAACAUAACAGCCAUUACCGACGAUGACAAAAAAAGCCUAACAAGUGCCAACAUAAAGAUGAUUACGCAAUUUUUUUGAAGUCUAUGAACUGCUUCAACUUUCAGGAAGAAUUGUAAAGACCUGUACAUAGCACAAACAUAAACCUGAUAAUAUAUAAAUUGUUCAUAUCCAUCCAGCAACACACAUAGUACCAAAUAAGUAGUGCUUCUGUAGUUAGAAUAUGAAUCCUGUAAAUUCUUGAAGAUUUUGUCCUUUCCCCCACACUUUUUGUGAGCAUUAGUUACAGGUUACUUUGAAAGCAAGACUUGUAAACAGAUGACAGUGGGAAAACAGGUUGUGUUGGAAUCUAAUAAUUGGCCAGACUCAUUGAUUCUCUAUUGACUUAAACAGUCUGAAAGUUUAAACCUUGGUUUGUAGAAUUUCCUUGUGCUUAAAAGGGCAUUUGUGGAGAGGGCAGUGAAACACUUAUAGCAUGCUUGUCAUGUUGGAUCUCCUCUUGCUUUUAGUCCUUCAGGUAAAUGCCAUAAGUCUAAAUUUGAAUAUUUUAGUUCCAGAUUUUUCUUUGGUUUUAACACGAGAUGCUCACACUAAAACAUGAAGUUCCUGUGUAAUGUGGUGGAAUACAACUUGUGUUUUGUUGGGCUCAGGUGCAUCUGCAGAAAUGGUGAUUCUCAUCAGAGGUGCUGCAUGCGCAAGAAAUUAAUUUUACAUUGUUUUUCAAAAGUGCCUCCUAUUAAAUUGCUUGGUAACUACACCCUGCUUCAGAAACAAAAGAAAAUUAAGGUUGAAAAGACAGUGAAAUUGCUACAUACCCCUUAAAGUGUGUGUGGUUUUUCUUUUCAGACCCUUUGUACCUU